AAAAGUUUGUCCCCGGGUACUGGGAAGCUGGAUUGUAAAGCCACAAUGAUUGUAAAAACUAACACAAAAAAGUAAAGUCACAAAGAAACACAUGUUUAUGCUAAGAAUUGAACAGUCUUGCGUAUCGCAGGAAUGUUUUAUUUAUAAACUUUUAUUUUUGCCAAAGAAAAAGCAAGAGAAAACCUAAGUAAUGGCCUUUCAUGUCAUCAAGUACAUCUACUGAUUACAGUCAUUUAUUAUUCUCAUUAGUACAAAAAAAUAAAUCUAAAAUGUUUGCAUGGGAAAAAAAGGUUGACAAAACAUUAACCCUUUAAACUUGGGUGGAUUUUUACCUGCAUACAAUUUUAAUGCUUAUAAAUAUAUUGAUUUCUUGCAGCUGGGUACUUACACCCAUAUAUUAUUUCAAAAGUAAAUAGUUAUUUUUACUUUUAUUUGUUCAAGGUUAAGGUAAAGAAGGCUUGCUGAAGAAGUAUCAUCUUCAUUUAAGUGAAAUUUAUGAAAAAUGCAAGUUCUAAAUUACACACUACAGCUGUUUAGUGAAAUGUGUAAUGUAAUGAAUAGGCCUACUUCCUUUACCAAAUAAAACUUCUUGAUUAUGUGGAUAUGGCAUUUUCAAUACCUGCAAUACAAGAUGUUCAAUUAAAUAUAAAAGAAAAUUUUGAAGGUACAAGUGAAGUAAAAACUAACAAAGGAAUAUUGAAGGUUCAACACUGCACAAAGAAAGGGGAUCACAAAGUAUUUAUCCCAAAGAAAGAGUUUGGGAAGUAUCACCUUCCAAAAGGCUACAGAAGUGAUAAAAUGAUAAAAUGUAUUAAUGUCCUGUGUGAUUUAACUGUGAGGAUCACGGUAACGUUUAUCAGCCCAGGUCGACACCAAGAUGAUCCAUUUUAUAAAUUAAGAAAUAGAAAAGUUAAAAUGUUUGGAACCGGCACAGUGACUGAUAUACAAGACCAACCAAAUGCUUUUGAAAAUUUGGAUUGCUUGUGUAGUCUUUGUGUAAACAAUUAUAAAGGAAAUGGCUUGACUAUAGUGACUAUCUUGACAGCUUGCCAUGUGGUUUUUGAUUGUGAGGAGGUGAAAAAUACAACUGUUGAUUUUUUUUAUGAUGAUGAAGAGGAUAUCAAGCAUAUAAAAACUUUAACAGGAUUUUGUAUGAGAGACAGAAAUAUAGAUGAGGAUACCUGUUUUUUCCAGUGUUUGACUGGAGAUAAAGACCUGAUUGGUACACUAAGAAAUAGGUUAGAUGAAUAUGAAAAGUUAGACACGCAUAAAACCUUAAUAGCCAGAGAUGACCAGCACAUUGUCAUAGCCUCACACCCUCAUGGUCUGUGUAAACAUUUAACAAUUGGACAGUGGUCAGCCAUCACAGACAAGAUGACAUUUAAAGAAAAUGUAGACAUAUAUGAAAUGUAUUUAAAAUCAUUAAAAAUAACUACAAAUGGAAAAGAAGAUUCUGAAUUAAAUGAAUCUAACACACCUCCAGUUCGAACGAUAGUCAAUGAAAAAAAAGAAUCUGCGUUGGUCGGGAUAGAGUGUGAAGUUCACUUUCCUGAUUUCACAACAGCCAAGUGUCAAAUAGCAAUACAUGAUGUACGAGUCAAACAUAUAAAAUUUCAACUAGUGCAAGUUGGGAGCAUUUACAUUCCAGCAGAUGAACUCUAUUUGGAAAUUGUGUUGUCAAAUGGAGAUGUCCAGAAGAUGAAUGAUGAUGAAGAAAUGGUUUAUUAUAUAAAUGAUAUUUUAGAUUGUACACAUAUUAACAUGAAAAGAAUUUAAAGAGUACAGAUAAACCUAGAUCCAUUUCUGAA